GUUGUGACGCGUGGGAUAUAAAUAUAAGUCUUGAUAUUUGAUUGUGUGCAACAUACAAUACUGAUACAAGUAUAUCACCGAGUACCUUAACGUGGCCUCGUUCAACUUCGGAUUUAUCGAUUUGGUUGUUUGAAAUAUGAAGAGUGUGAUUUUUAUCAAAAUGAAAUAUUCAGGUAUUGUAUAACUAUAUCUGGAGACAAUGGUUGCAUCAGAGGAACUUUUCCAUAGUUUAGCUAAAGGACUUAUAGCAUGGAGCGCGUUUCUGUUCGCAUCCUUGCUAUUUACAGAGGCAAAGUACGGACGAUAUGCUGAGAAAAGUUUUUACGAAAUGAACGGCAAAUUAGGAUGGUUUAUCCAAGAGCUCCCAGCUUUAGCAGUGCCUGUUUUGCUUUUAUGCUUAACAGAGUGUUAUAGAAUAUCAUACACUUGUAAUAGAGCUUUGUUGACUUUAUAUACCAUACACUACGUACAUAGAAUUUUAAUAUAUCCGUUUUAUUUGAAAGGAAAACCACUUCCACUUUACAUGGUAGUUUUAGCAUUUCUGUUUUGUUUGUUUAAUGGCUAUCUGCAAUGUGGUUACUUACUAUACAGUGCUGAGUUUAAAGACGAAUGGAUCACUUGUCCGCAGUUUAUCAUAGGUUUAGUAUUGUUUAUAUCAGGACUUGGAAUAAACAUUCAUUCUGAUCAUAUUUUGAGAAAUCUCAGAAGACCUGGAGAAACUGGAUACAAAAUACCAAAAGGAGGAAUGUUUGACUACAUUUCUGGUGCUAAUUUUUUCGGAGAGAUAUUAGAAUGGUGGGGAUUUGCCAUCGCUUGUAACUCAUUACCAUCUUUAGCAUUUGCUAUAUCAACCUCCUGUAAUCUCGGGCCUAGAGCUGUUCAUCAUCAUAGAUGGUAUAAAAAGAAAUUUGAGGGAUAUCCACUUUGCAGAAAAGCGAUCAUUCCAUUUUUAUUUUGAUACGUUUGAAAAAUCAGUGUGCAAAGUGUAUUUGAUGAACACCUUUAUUAUAAUAAAAAAAAAAAAAUCUUAAUGACAGCGUGCAUGUGUGCAGGGUCAUUUUUUUUGUAACAGUUUGUUUUAAUAAGUUGUGAAUUUUCCCCUAGAGAAGUAUUAUAUAUGUUACAGUGACUUUUUGUAAAUCAGCGAUUGUGUAUAAUUACUGAUAUUUUAGGGAUUUUGUAUAAUCACUGAACUGAUAAAGAGAUUUUAUAAAAUCCCUUAUUUUGAUUAAGGAUUUUACAAACACAUCAAAAUAAUUUUAAAGAUUUUUUUCCCAGAUUCCUCAUCAAAUUUCAUGGAUUUUGAAAAUAAAACUAUUUGAUAAAAAAAUUGGUUAAAAAAGUCCUACAGCAGUUAUAUUUACACGCAUUCGUGUUCUACUUGUAACAAAAUGUACAUUUUAUUCGCCAAAAUAGAGAUGUUCCGUCAAUAGAGAUGAUUGAUACGGCAUGUACA